AUUAGGGCUCAGCAGGAGGAGAGCUGCUCCAGCUUUGUUCUCUGCUCCUUCAUCUCAACUGCUGCACUUUUAUUUUUCUAAUAAACGCUACUUCCUGCAGCCUCAUCCGGAGCCUCCCUGAGCACAUCAUCAUUUAUUCUUCUUCUCUCCAGACGCACCGGGCAGCAGACGGAGAGCAAGGCCUGCAGGUUCCCCGCAACAGGUCGAGGAGGAGUCGAGGGGAGGAAUAAUCAUAAAGCCGGUGUAGAUACAGCGACAGAGGAGGAGACAGAGGAGGAGCAGCAGCAGCAGGAGGAUGGUUUAGUGCUUUCAGCUGCAGUCUGGAUGCGACAGAGCGGAGAUCUGCCAACAUGAUGCCGAUGUUCCUCACCGUGUACCUCAGCAACAAUGACCAGCACUUCAGCGAGGUUCCCAUCACGCCGGAGACGCUGUGCCGAGACGUGGUUGAGCUCUGCAAGGAGCCCGGUGAGGCCGACUGCUACCUGGCCGAGAUGUGGAGAGGCUCAGAACGUGUGGUUGGAGAGGGGGAGCGGAUGAUGGAGGUGUUGCAGCGAUGGGGGCAGCAGAUGGGGGAGGUCCGCUACCUGCUGCACCAUCAGAGAGCUCCGGCUCGAGACUCAGGUGGAUCGCGAGCUGCAGAUCAGAUGAUGAAGAGGAACCAGGUCAAGGCGUCUGCGGAGAGAUGUCUGGAGAACGGGAUCUCAGCUCCUUGUCUGGACGUGACGCUGGGCGAGCUGCAGGAUCUGGCGACACGACAGCAGCAGCAGAUCAACGCUCAGCAGCAGCUGCUGUCCUCCAAGGAGCAGCGGCUGCGGUACCUGAAGCUGCAGGAUCAGCGGCAGCAGCAGCAGCAGGAGGCGUCUGAACAGGAGCGACUGCGGCAGCUCCGAGAGAACGCACACAACCAGGAGGCCAAGCUGCGACGGGUCCGGGCCAUCAGGGGCCAGGUGGAGCAGAAACGCCUCAGCAACAGUAAACUAGUGGAGGAGAUCGAGCAGAUGACCGGUCUGUUCCAGCAGAAGCAGAGGGAGCUGCUGGUGGCCGUGGCGAGGGUGGAGGAGCUUAGCGACCAGCUGGAGGUGCUGAGGAGCAACCGACUAGAGCCUCCGCUUCCUCCUCCUCCUCGCCAUCACCACCAUCAUCACAACACCUCCUCCUCCACAGCUGAGCUGGAGCGCCUCUACAAAGAGCUGCAGCUGAGGAACAAGCUGAACCAGGAUCAGAGCGUUCGGCUGCAGCAGCAGAGAGACAGCCUGAACAAGAGGAACCUGGAGGUGGCGGCGAUGGACCGGCGGCUGGCCGAGCUCCGGCAGCGGCUGUGGAAGAAGAAGGCCGCGCUGCAGCAGAAGGAGAACCUGCCGGUGGCUUCAGACAGCGUGGCCCCUCAGCACGGCGUGGGCUCCAGAGUUGCGGCGGUGGGGCCGUACAUCCAGUCGUCCUCCACAAUGAGCUCUCAGGGGCCUCCGGUGCUGGCCUGCCACGAGGUUCUGGUGAAGCCAGCAUACCCAGACGGGACAGCCACCCUCCCUAUGCCUGACUCAUCCCUGAAGCCGCCGCCCAGACCCGUCAAACCAGCCUCAGGUUUCAACAACUCAAAAAUAACCAAACUACCCGACUGGAGCAGCUCAUUUUCUGAAUCCAGCGGAGGUUACAGCCACGCCUCAACGCUGCCUCGCAUGUCCAGCCUCAGCGGCCGUAACUCAGGUGGUGACACCCUCACAGACAAGAAGGACCUCUCUGGGUCUGACGUCCCACCCCCUGUCCCCUCGCGGACCAAUCACACCACAGAAAACCUGCUCAGGGACAAUCAGGCCUCAGGUAAAGGUUUGUCCAAGACGGCGGCGCCACCUCCAGUCCCCAGUAAGCCCAAACCGUUCUCCUCGUCCGGCCCACCAACCUUCACCAAGCCCCCCUACAGCACCGGGACCUUCCCUGGUAAGGUGCGACCGGUCGGGGGCCACCUCAGGGCUCCGGGAGUCCUCUCCAGCCACAGCAACACACUCCCUCUGCCCAACAAGCAGGAGAGUCCUCCAGCCGCCGCCGUCCGACCUUACACCCCCGAGCUGUCGGAUGGCCCCCCUCCUGUGCUGAAGAAGAAGCCUCAGACUGUGGCGGCUUCAUCCAUCUACUCCAUGUACACCCAGCACGCCACACCGGGGAAGGGCUACCAGCUGAGCGGUCAGGGCACCCUCCCCCGCAGUCAGCCCCGAGUGUAUGGGAAACCAGUCCUCCCCGCCAGCGGGGGGCAGCAGUCUGUCACCUCGGACAACACCGCUGUGAAUUCUGGGUCCUGUGUGUUUGAUGGGAGCGAGGCUGAAAACAGUUUCCUGGGUAACAGCGAGGGUGUCGGUGGAGAGACGGCGGAACGUUCCACCCCUCGACCGCUCAGCCCCACCAAGCUCCUCCCCUUCCUGUCCAACCCUCACAGGAACCCUAGCGACGCCGACCUGGAGGCCCUGCGCCGCCGGCUGCACCAUGCCCCCCGGCCCCUGAAAAAACGCAGCUCCAUCACGGAGCCUGAAGGCCCGGCCGGACCCAACAUCCAAAAGCUGCUCUACCAGAAGACCACUCUGGCUGCCAUGGAAACCAUCCCCAUGGAGACAGUUGGUCCAGCUGGGGCGUACGUUCAGACCGAGGUUCACGAGGACGGGGUUGGCAGUCUGGAUGAAGCAUCGCAGGUUGACAAUGACACCGCCGCUGGCUUCAACCAGCUGCUCACUGAGAGCCCGGAGGACUGCCUGACUCCGCCCCCCCUGCCUCCUCGCUCACCCAUCCCUGACCCCGCCUCCUGCCGCUCCCUGCCCCCCCCUCUGGAGAACAAGGAGGAGGAAGAAGUGUGUCCGUCCACCUCAGUCCACCACAACCACUAUCCAGAGGAGUUCCCCCCCUACCCGCCCCCGCCGUACCCCAGCUGUGGGGAGACAGAGCAGGAAGACGACGCCCUCAACCUACAGCCGCCAGAGGUCACAGGGCAGGUCACAAUGCCGCCGGGGAAGAGGUCGAUCCUCCGUAAAGCCAGCUCAGAGCGGAUCAACCACAGCAUGCGGGUCAAGUUCAACCCUCUGGCGCUGCUGCUGGACUCGUCUCUGGAGGGCGAGUACGACCUCGUCCAGAGGAUCAUCUAUGACGUGGACGACCCCAGCAUGCCGAACGACGAGGGCAUCACGGCGCUGCACAACGCCGUCUGCGCUGGCCACACCGAGAUCGUCAAGUUUCUGGUCCAGUUUGGUGUCAAUGUCAACGCUGCCGACAGUGACGGCUGGACUCCCCUUCAUUGCGCCGCCUCCUGUAACAACGUUCAGGUCUGUAAGUUCCUGGUGGAGUCGGGGGCGGCUGUUUUCGCCACCACCUACAGCGACAUGCAAACAGCUGCCGACAAAUGUGAAGAGAUGGAGGACGGCUAUGCCCAGUGCUCCCAGUUCCUCUACGGCGUUCAGGAGAAGAUGGGCGUGAUGAACCGCGGCGUGGUGUACGCCCUGUGGGACUACGAGCCUCAGAGCGACGACGAGCUCGGCUUCAGCGAGGGCGACUGCAUGACGGUGCUGCGGCAGAAGGACGAGGUGGAGACGGAGUGGUGGUGGGCCAGAUGUGCGGACCGCGAGGGCUACAUCCCCCGCAACCUGCUGGGGCUGUAUCUACGGAUCAAGCCGCGGCAGAGGAGUCUGGCUUAAACCCAACGGCUGAUGAAUCCUCCAAAAUACCCCAGUGAGGGAGGAGCGGCGGACGAGUAAAACCUCUGGACACUAAACGUCAAAACAGUUGUUUAAAAAGAGAGACGGAUGUUUCCUGAGCCGCCGUCGGACCUCUGGUUGGUUUUUCAACCUUGGCACAAAGAAUGUCGCAGUGAACUGAAACAAGAGUUCACCUGCCUCCUGUGGUCAAACCAACACAUUAUCAGUUUAUUAGAAUUCAUUGGCAGAUGUUGAACGUCCUGAGGCGCCAGGAGCCUCACAAAGAAAAUGUGAAACUCUCAUCUUGGAAUAUUUCUUUUUUUAAGAUUUCAUUUUUAUUUUAUUGAUUAGCUGUUUGAGUCAAGAAACUGAACCUGGGACUCUGCAUUUGAACCACAUUUACUUAUUUUUUUAUUGAAGUAUUUAAAAGUACAAUUCCUUCUUCUUUUUUCAUAGCAUCCACUAGUUUCAAAAAUACUGGGAUAAUGACAAAACACAACUUUAAGAAGUGUUAUUACCAAUUUUAGCUUCUAAUGCACUUGAGUUAGUAUCGAACUUUAAGGUGUCAGGAGUCCCAAAAUUUUUUUUUUUUUCUUUGCACAAGCGUAAGACAAUAAUAUGUGCAAACUAAAUAAUAACUUGUAGGAACAAGUUAACAAUUUGGAAACAAGAUAAUAAUGUGAACAAGAUACGUGGUUUUAACAAGUGGAGAAUUUGUUCACACACAAUAUUCACUUGGUGAAGAAACUAGUGGGAACAAGAUUAAAAAAUAUCUUUUGUGUCUUUGGAGGCUCCACAGUACAGAUUAAAUUUCACCAGGUUGUUUUAUUUUAAAUUAUUUUAUUGACUUGUUUGUGUUAAUAAAUUGUACCCAGUCGUUCUUGGGCACUUUUUUUGUGUUUUAUUUUGCAGGUUUGUUAAAAUCCAGGUCAGAGCUUCAAUGUGAACAGGUUAAAAUCCGUUUCUGUUCGUUUCUUAUAUUUAUGUCAUUAACGUCCACAAACCAGGAUGUAAGUGUUAAGAAAAAGCUCUUAUUUUGAA